UGACAGGCUGAUAUCACAUAAAAGAACUACCCCCCCAAAACUCCCCACAGCAACAGAUCAAGAGGGACCAGAGGGGGAUUCCGCCCUGCCACAGACAUGCAUUGGCAAAAAUCUUCUGCAGCUGAGCAGCCCCUGCCGUCCCGCCCCUACCAAGGGGUCAGGGUUAAAGAGCCGGUGAAAGAGUUACUGAAGAGGAAACGGGGCAGCACUCAAAAUGCCAAAGUUGCUCCUGAAAGCAUGGCGGUGUUUUUCCCCCACCAGUCGCUUCCAUCCUACUCGCCCACUGCUCAAGUUUACUCCGAGACGGAUUUGGUCACCUCUUCGCUGCCCCUGAUGGAGGAAGGAGCCCUGUAUUCGGGGUGGUUGACUCAGCCACCUCCGGCCACAUUGCAGCCGCUGACCCAGUGGACCACGUCCCCGGAUUACGUGUCUCACGAAGCCGUCAGCUGCCCUUACACGGCUGACAUGUUUGUUCAGCCGGUCUGCCCCAGUUACACACUCGUGGGGACGUCCUCGGUGCUGACCUACACUUCCCAGCCACUGAUCACAAACUUUGCGGCUCGAUCGGCCACAAGCCCAGCUGUGGUGCCUCAUCUGGAUGCGAUGGAGCAGCAAGCUCCCUUGAGUUACUUCCCCUGGACUCAACCCAUCCCAACUUUACCGGCAACUUCCUUGCAAUACCAGCCGGCUUCGAUGGCUCUCUCUGCUCCCCAGUUUGUCCCCCUCCCCAUUUCGGGAGCUGACCCACUCCCCCAAGUAUUAGAAGACACCAGGAAGGAGAUGGGCCCUCUGACACUCGAGAAACUUCUGCAGGACGACACAAGUGACACGUACGAUUUAAACAACAGCCUCCCCGUUGAAGGACUCUGAGACUGGAUUCUUAGCCAAGAGAGAUCCUCCAAUCUCUUGUCGUUCCAUUCCUUCCUUCCUUCCUUCCUUCCUUCCAUCCAUCCUCCAUCCCUCUUUUCCUUCUCCCUCCCUCCCUCUUGUCCUUCCUUCCUUCCUUCCUUCCUUCCUUCCUUCCUUCCUUCCUUCCUUCCUUCCUUCCUUCCUUCCUUCCUUCCUUCCUUUUCUCCUCUUCUUCCUUCCUUCUCCUCUCUGCCUUUCACUGUCGUUUCUAGGUGAUCCUCAGCUUCUCUUGGUUUCUUUCCAAAGUUUCAGAAACGUGGGAUGGAAACACCAGGAUCUGUUUUGGAAAAGAAGCCGCGAUUUUGAAUCUUUGCGACCAGAACUUUGCAACUAAACAACCGCCUUCCUCCUCUUCUUCCUCCUCCUCCUCCUCCAGCCGAAGAGGUUGUAAACAAAACGCUUUUAAAAGGCUCCUCUGGCGAUCCCAGCUGAGUUGCCUGAUCAUCAGAGGCUUUUAAAAGCAUUCUUUUACAACCUCUUCGGCUGAAGAGGUUAUAGAAAAAAUGCUUUAAAAAGUAAUAAUAAAAAGUUGGCCACGCCCACCCAGUCACAUUACCGCCCCGCCCACUCAAGCCACACCCAUAGAACCGGUAGUAACAAAUUUUACAUUUUACCCCUGAUUUGAUGGCAUUGAGUUCAGUCCCCACCCCCCUUAGAAAUGCAAUAAAGCUA